GGUGGAGGGAGAAAAUGGAAGCGCUUUAUCUUUUGGGCACCAUUGUCAGUACCUUCCUCACCUCUCUCAUCCUCUCCCUUCUCCUCCACUUCCGAUGCUUUGUCGGCCGUCUUUUCUCCCGUACCACUGCCCCGCCCGGUUCCGGAACAGGAGAAGAUUCUGUCACUUUAUAUGAAGGUAUUGUUUGGCACCAGCGAAGGCGCCCUGUCCACCAUUCUUUCAGGUACGCUGUUCGCUAUGCCCUAAUUGACCUCGACCUCUCGCCUUCCCCUCCGUCUAAUCACCUCUCUGCCGACGAUGCUCGCCGAGUAGCUGCUACCUCUGGACCUGUUUCUCUUCUGACGAUUCCAUCCAGUGUGCGAUAUGAACAAAAUCCGUUGAGUUUGUAUUACUGCUACGAAAUCGAAGGCUCCGCGCAGCAGUUGAAGAAAUGCAUAGCUGAGGUAACUAAUACGCCAUGGGGUGAGAGAGUGAUCUUUGUUUUCAAUCCAAAUUCUGAUUUAAUCGCUAAGCCGUUGCAUGUCAGUCCUUUUAUGGACAUGCUUGGGAAUUGGAGUAUCAAAGCAAGUGCUCCUGGUGAGUAUUUAUCUGUGGCAAUCUCAGUUCAGCACCCGGAACUUGGUGACUACUUUACUGCCACUUUGAAAGUAAAGAGGGUGUCCCCAUCUUUUGGAUCUAGUCACUCGAUGUUCUUCUAUCUGAUGCCUCACAAAGUUGCUAUAUGGAUAUAUUGGCAUGCUUUCAAGCUAUGGUGGAAAGGUGUACAAUUUCUUCAACAUCCAAGGUAUACCAACCCUUCAUACAAGACAGAUGCUACAAUUCGUGAUCAACAACUUCAAUGCUGCCAGGGAAUUGGAUCGAACAAAAAUAAACAUCAAGAACUGAAAAGAGGGAAUGACAUAGACCAUUGUGACAGUGAGAAUGCAGCUCGUGAGUUCAUUUGGACAAAGGCCAAGUGGCCUUGGGCUUAAUACUACUGCUCUGCUGGUAUAGUUACAUAGCUCGUGAGUUCAUUCUCCACUACAUUUUCAAUAUAACAAUGAAAUAAUCUCCCUUGUCUGUCACCCUCCCAACACCCACCCAUUGUUUGAUUGAAACAAUGAGCUAUUUGUUUAAUUACAAAUUUGAUCGCUGAAUUUUAAUUCAGUUUAUUGGCUUUAA